CGUGGGUCGUCCUUUAUUUACCUCCGAUAUAAACCGGCGUUGUUCAUAAAUAUUAUGGUCCAUGCAAUGAAGUGCAUUUUCAUGUGAAACACAAUAUAGUAUACUAAUGAAUAUCCAUUGACUUACACUACAGUAUGUAAUCUGUUUCGGAUAGGGAGUGAGGAAGCCCUAUAUGGAUGUGAUAGACGUCAGUUGGGGAGACCCACACAGAGGAGGGCUCAAACCCUUGACUUUCGUCCGACAGGUUCUUGCAGCCUGCUUCUACCCUGAGCUGGUCCAAAGUGAUAAACUGCCAGUGGACGUUAAACAGAGGGCCCGAAGCCUACUGAGCGCAUGUGAUGGGGGGAGUGUAGGCUCAUACACGCUCUCUGAUGGUAUCUCUUAUAUACAGUGCAGUGUGUCCAACUUCAUCUCUCGCCGAGAUGGUGGUGUACCAUCGUCCCCCGAGAAUAUCUUCAUGACAUCUGGCUCCCAGAGGUCUUUAAUGCUGGUUCUGAAGCUGUUGGUCCACAAUCAGGCCUCACUUCCGACAGGUGUGCUGACCGCUGUGCCCAGCUACACUGCUUUCAAAAGUGCGUUGCAAACGCUCGGUGCAACCGUUGUUCCCUACUACCUAGAUGAGGAGCAGGGUUGGGCAAUGGAGGUGGAGGAGCUACGCAGAGCACUACAGGCUUCUAAGGGUAUCUGCAACACAGUUGCCCUGUAUGUCAUCAACCCGGGGAAUCCUACAGGUCAUGUUCAGAGCAGGAAGUGUAUUGAAGAGGUGAUCCGAUUCGCUGCUGAGGAGAGGCUCUUCCUCAUGGCUGAUGAGGUGUAUCAGGAAAGUGUGUUCGGGGAGGGCAGUGAGUUUGUCUCCUAUAAGAAGGUUCUGUCUGAGAUGGGGCCUCCUCUCUCUCACACAGUGGAGCUGGCCUCUUUCCACUCAGCAUCCAAAGGCUUCAUGGGAGAGUGUGGGCUACGCGGGGGGUACGUGGAGCUGGUGAACCUUGACCCCGCCGUCAUGAGGUACGCCUACACCAUCUUCUCCACUGACAUAUGUGCCCCUGUGACUGGUCAGCUAGCCCUGGAGCUCAUGGCUAACCCUCCCAGGCCAGGGGACCCCUCAUACCCGGUCUACGCCCAGGAGACCCAGUCUAUCCAGGCCAUGCUGGUCCAUAACAUGAACUGGGUCCCAGAGGUUCUGAACAAUAUCCCAGGGAUCAGCUGUCAGCCGAUGAUGGGAGGAGCUUUCGUAUUCCCCAGGCUGUAUCUACCCCAAGCAGCCAUUGAGAAGGCCAAGGUGGUGGGGAUGCAGCCUGACCUGUGGUACUGUAAACAGUUACUAGAGGAGGCAGGAGUGUGUGUGCGACCGGGGUGUGAGUAUGGACAGACGGAAGGCAAUCACCACAUCAGACUGUGUGUCAUGACCCCAGUGGAGACCAUGGAAGAGGUACUGAAACGCCUGAAGAACUUCCACCUGCACUUCCUCAAGGAGUUCUCCUGAAAACUGGCUUCACCUUACAGUCCAAUGAUGAAUAAUACAUUUAACUUCAGACACAAUCACAGUACAGAGAAGAAAAUUGCAACCAGUAACAUUUUUUUAACAUCUUUAUCUUUCAACAGACCAUAAUUAAAUAAUAAAUUAAGACAACACAUGACCUGAGUUGAACAAUUCUGGAUUUGGAUAGAACAAAGAUGGGCGUGAGCGGCUUUUAAUAUAAUUAUUAUGCUUCAAGUCAUGCAUGUACACAGAAAAAGCAUAUUCUCCGUAUUUUGUCAAACUUCGGCAUUAGAGAAUGAAAAUACGUGUCUCAGACAGUGUAGAUCCCCUCUAAAUACUCAGAAAGACUCUUCUUAACAAUAAGAACUUUACCUUGUUAGGAUCUGCCAUUGUGGGGCAGAGAUAUUGGAACUAAGGGGAUAAGUCAAAGUUGACAUUUUUAAGGUAAGGAUAGAUUUUGGCCAUAUUCAUUAACAUCCGAAUGUAUACUUAAAUACCAGUACCUGUAAAAUUGCAAAGUCCGUCAUGUCAAUUCAAUACUUACUAUGACUGUGAUAUGUGUUUGUCUCACCUAGCUAUCAUAAAAUGAAUGCAUUAACUGUAAGUCGCUCUGCAUAAGA